AGAGCGAGCGCGAGACAGAGAGGGACAGAGACACACACGGCAGCAGUGUCCUCAGCUGGGUUUCUCUCUAACUGAUCGAUAAAACCUAUUGAUCGGAUCGGACUCGAGCGCGUGCAGCAUGGACCAUCAUCAUCAUCCUCAUCCUCAGUGUGACGGAGAGACCAACGACUACAUGCAGCAGGAGGACGACUGGGACAGGGACCUGCUGCUGGACCCCGCCUGGGAGAAACAGCAGAGGAAGACGUUCACGGCAUGGUGUAACUCCCACCUAAGGAAAGCAGGGACUCAGAUCGAGAACAUUGAGGAGGACUUCAGAGAUGGACUCAAACUCAUGCUGCUCCUGGAGGUCAUCUCAGGAGAGCGUCUAGCGAAGCCGGAACGAGGGAAGAUGAGGGUGCACAAGAUUUCAAAUGUGAACAAAGCUCUGAGUUUCAUCACCAGUAAAGGAGUUAAACUGGUGUCAAUUGGAGCAGAGGAGAUUGUUGAUGGAAACGCUAAGAUGACUCUGGGAAUGAUCUGGACCAUCAUCCUCCGCUUCGCCAUUCAGGACAUCUCAGUGGAGGAGACUUCAGCCAAAGAGGGGCUGCUGCUGUGGUGCCAGAGGAAAACCGCUCCGUACAAGAACGUCAACAUCCAGAACUUCCACAUCAGCUGGAAGGACGGACUGGGAUUCUGCGCUCUUAUCCAUCGACAUCGUCCGGAGCUCAUAGAUUACGGCAAACUGCGUAAGGAUGACCCUAUGACCAACCUGAACACUGCUUUUGAAGUGGCAGAGAAAUACCUCGACAUCCCCAAAAUGCUUGACGCCGAGGAUAUCGUUGGUACGGCCCGCCCGGAUGAAAAGGCCAUCAUGACCUACGUUUCUAGCUUCUACCACGCCUUCUCUGGGGCACAGAAGGCGGAGACGGCGGCCAAUCGCAUAUGUAAAGUUCUCGCUGUCAAUCAGGAGAACGAGCAGCUGAUGGAGGACUACGAGAAACUCGCCACCGAUCUGUUGGAGUGGAUCAGGAGGACGAUCCCGUGGUUGGAGAACCGGGUUCCUGAGAGCACCAUGGCUGCCAUGCAGCAGAAGCUGGAGGACUUCAGAGGUUACCGUCGCGUCCACAAACCACCCAAAGUCCAGGAGAAAUGUCAGCUGGAGAUCAACUUCAACACGCUGCAGACCAAACUGAGGCUCAGCAACCGGCCCGCGUUCAUGCCGUCUGAGGGGAAGAUGGUGUCUGAUGUCUCCAAUGCAUGGGGGAGUCUGGAGGGGGCGGAGAAAGGCUAUGAGGAGUGGCUGCUGAAUGAAAUCCGCCGACUGGAGAGACUCGACCACCUCGCCGAGAAAUUCCGCCAGAAAGCAGCGAUACAUGAGGCCUGGACAGAAGGUAAGGAGGCCAUGUUGAAUCAGAAGGACUACGAGACGGCGUCUCUGUCUGAGAUUAAAGCUCUGCUGAAGAAACACGAGGCGUUUGAGAGCGACCUCGCCGCUCACCAGGACCGCGUGGAGCAGAUCGCCGCCAUCGCACAGGAGCUCAAUGAGCUGGAGUAUUAUGACUCUCCCAGUGUGAACGCUCGCUGUCAGAAGAUCUGUGAUCAGUGGGACGCUCUCGGAGUCCUGACUCAGAAACGCAGUGAGGCCUUGCAGAAAACGGAGAAGUUAUUGGAGACGAUUGAUCAGCUGUACCUGGAGUUCGCCAAGAGGGCGGCACCGUUUAAUAACUGGAUGGAGGGAGCGAUGGAGGACCUGCAGGACACCUUCAUCGUCCACACCAUCGAGGAGAUCCAGGGCCUGAGCACGGCUCAUGAGCAGUUUAAAGCGACACUUCCGGAUGCAGAUAAGGAGAAACAGGCCAUCCUGGGGAUCCACAGCGAGAUCGCGAAAAUCGUACAAACCUACCAUGUCAACAUGAUGGGCACCAACCCCUACACCUCCAUCACCCCCCAGGAGAUCAACACCAAGUGGGAGAGGGUGAGACAGUUGGUUCCUCAGAGAGACCAGGCGCUGAUCGAGGAACAUGCUCGGCAGCAGAACAACGAGCGUCUGCGCAGACAGUUCGCUAAUCAGGCUAACGUCAUCGGACCCUGGAUCCAGACCAAGAUGCAGGAGAUCGGCCGUAUCUCUAUCGAGUUGCACGGCACUCUGGAGGAUCAGCUGAAUAACCUGCGUCAGUAUGAGAAGAACAUCGUCAACUACAAGCCAAAGAUCGACCAGCUGGAGGGGGAUCACCAGCAGAUCCAGGAGGCUCUCAUCUUUGAUAACAAACACACCAACUACACCAUGGAGCACAUCCGUGUGGGAUGGGAGCAGCUCCUCACCACCAUCGCUCGAACCAUCAAUGAGAUCGAGAACCAGAUUUUGACUCGCGACGCUAAAGGCAUCAGUCAGGAGCAGCUGAGCGAGUUCAGGGCCUCGUUUAACCACUUUGACCGGGAUCACUCGGGCACUCUGGGCGCUGAAGAGUUCAGAGCGUGUCUCAUCAGUCUGGGCUUCGAUAUCGGAAACGACGCUCAGAAGAGAACAGGCUUGAUGGAUGGAGAGGAUUUCCGCACCUGUCUCAUCUCCAUGGGGUAUAACAUGGGGGAGGUGGAGUUUGCUCGCAUCAUGAGCAUCGUGGAUCCUAACAGACUCGGGGUCGUGACCUUUCAGGCCUUCAUUGAUUUUAUGUCUCGAGAAACAGCAGACACGGACACGGCCGAUCAGGUCAUGGCCUCGUUUAAAGUGCUGGCUGGAGACAAGAACUACAUCCUGGCGGAGGAGCUGAGGCGCGAGUUGCCCCCUGACCAGGCUGAGUACUGUAUCUCGCGCAUGGCGCCCUACAGAGGGAGCGACGCCGUGCCCGGGGCGCUCGACUACAUGUCCUUCUCCACCGCCCUGUACGGAGAGAGCGACCUCUGACCUCUGACUGUUCUGUUCAUUACAUACUCGCAUACACCCACACACACACACACACACCCACACACACACACACAUGCACACAGUUUCCUGCUCUGUAGCUGCUGAGCUCACUGUGCUGAUCUGAGAUCAAGCCUGUGUCCAUGCUGUUUCAUUUACACCCUACGUAGUGCACUAAUAGAAGAAGCAGUAUGAGACGUUUAGUGCACCACACACACACACACACACACACUUAUUCUUCAUUCCCUGAGGGCUAGUUGUCCUUACACACUGAGUAGUGUGCUGUAAUAGGGAGCACUUCCAUUGGGAGCAGAGAGUCGGGCGUGUUACUGAUCUGGAGUGUACUACAUAGUCUCCCACUUUCAUCCCGAUGUAGCACACACACACACACACACACACACACACACACACAGGGAGCAGUUAGUUCCCUGUGAGUCGUGUAGUGCGCUGCAUGUAAACCUGGGAGCUUGGACACUUGUACAGGGAGCAGGACAUGUAGUGCACUACAGAGUCACCCAGAGACAAUCCCCUAAAGCCUACACUCUAUUCGCUCUACAGCACACUCCUGAGGGUGCAGACGACAUUACUUCACUCCCUGUGUAGUGCACUUCUACAGAGAGGUGAACACUGCUUCAGGAGAGCAUAUAGUGCACUACAUCAAGCUCUCGCCGUCUCCCCUGAGUAGUGCACUGCUGGUGUACUGAUCUCAGGUCAGCGAGUGGGCGUGUCUCAGCAUGGCUCUGCGACGCUCGCUCAGAUUUUUUACCAGUUUAUAUCCCGCCUUUCCAAGCCCACUUCCUGCUCUGUCCUGCUUCUGCUUGUGCAACAUGAAAUAUCUUCCCCAGCUUUUGUACGCAAGGAGAGAGAGAGGAAAAUAACUUCUUUUUUUAAUUCAUGUUGUUUUUUUUCUCUUCAUAAGAAAGUUAACAUAUUUUAUUAUACAGAACCAAAAAAAGUAUUUUUCUUCACCUGGCUUAAAUAAAAAGUUUAAAUAGAUAAAUAAAAAAGAGAA